AGCUUUUGUCUGUCGGCUUUUCUGAGUAAGUGAAGGCAAGCCGAGUGUUUAUCAUAAUAUGUAGUUGAUAAACACAAAAUCAUGUGAAUAUUAUACGCAUUAAUGACUUCAGAAGCUUUGUUUAUUAAAUGCCAUGGUGGAAGUUUGGACAUUUCGCAUUAAUAUUGCGUAUAAGCUCUUACUGUACGAGUAUAGAGAUAUUGAGUUAAAUGCCAAGACAAAAGCGAGCUCAGGCAGCUCUGCAUGUUCCACCUAAUGGGGAAGCGGACGCGCAGGAGUGUGCAGGGAAAGCCAGCCGAUCGCCCCAGCCGAACAGUCCCGCGCACAAGAAGCGUAGAGCGUUGUCAACACACACUGCCAACAGAUCGAUCAGCACACCUGUCGGAUCGUCGGGAUCGUUUCCCGGCAUCGGUCCGUCGCCGCUGCUGAGCGGAGCCGGCGACGUGAUCGUCGCUCACAACCCGUUCGACGACGCGCCGAUGACGGCAGCCGCGGCCGCGGCGGCACAGAGCCUCGGCACGCCCCUGCUGAGCGUCAGCGUCCAGCAGGGAUACCCCAUCGUGCAGUCGCCGAUGUCAGUGAUGAUGCAGCACAAGCCACUGUCAACCUCGUCUGGUAAAGUCUACCCGCCGAAUCAGCCGAUGAUCUUCAACCCGCAAAAUCCGAACGCGCCGCCCAUCUACCCGUGCGGAAUCUGCCACAAGGAGGUGCACGACAACGACCAGGCAAUACUCUGCGAGAGUGGCUGCAACUUCUGGUUCCACCGCGUGUGCACGGGUCUGACGGAGGGCGCCUACUACAUGCUCACAGCCGAGGUGUACGCCGAGUGGGUGUGCGACAAGUGCCUCGCGACCAAGGACAUUCCGCUCGUGAAGGUCAAGCCCUGAGAGCGCUCGUGAGAGAGAGAUCUCGUUUGAACGGAUAUCGUUAGGAGUUUUCCCCGCGCGAUUGUUGGACGAACCGUCGCUGGUCGACUGAUUUUCGGGUCCGUCGCGGCGGUCGUAGCGAUUGUUAACUGUCGCGAUACUGCUGUGUAAACCACGGCAAGUUGUCAACUGUCACGAUACCACUGUGUUGACCGCUGCAAGUCGUCAACUGUUUGAAGUCGUCAACUUUUGCAAGUCAUAAACGUCUGCAAGUCGUUAACUGUUGCGAAUCAUAAACUAUUGCAAACUGUCAACUGUCGCGUCACCCGUAGCGUCAACCGUCAUAUAGACUGAUAUAUCGCGAUAUCUGACUUUUUGCCGAUCUUCGACUCUAAACCUACGGCCGGCCGGCAGCCCAGCGCGUCACCGUCAACGAUGAAA